UGGAUGUAAACAUUUGGAACUGCCCUUUUGUUGGCUUGAGUUGGCUUCAGCUUUGUGUAGUGUACACGUAUUCGGCUCGAUGGGUUGGACCGUGGAGCUGAUGCCUGGUGGAAUCAGCUAGCGGUAGCCAACAAGCUAGCAUACUCUGCGAAAACAUCAAUCCAAUGCCGGACUGUUGAACUCCUUCCAAUUAAAUUGCGCAAGACUGUGCUGUUGUACUUUGGUCCAUGGAAAGUUAAUAUUUAGCUAUCGUUGAGGGUUUAAAACGUUUCCAAGGUAGGAGUAUUUGGCUGGAUUUUGAUUGCGCAGUGGUUCUCAAACCUUUCCUGGGGGGCCUUCAGGUGAUAGGUAUUCCAGAUCUAGCAAACCUGAAUCAACUCGGCAACUAAUAAGCCCUGGUCUGCUUGAUUCAGGUGGCGACUGACAAGGUUGCAGGCAAGCUGAGUUCUACUCUCUCAUGGGUGAAGAACUCGGUGUCGCACACGGUCAGUCAGAUGGCUAGCCAGGUGGCAACGGUGCCCUCAUCCCUGCAGACCACCACAGCCACCUCUUCGUCCACCUCCCUGUCCCCGUCCUCCCUGUCCCCCACAUUGGCAUCGCCCGCCAAGCUCAGCCCAGAUGAGCUGGAGCUGCUCGCCAAACUGGAGGAGCAGAACAGGUUGCUGGAGACUGACAGUAAGUCGCUCCGUUCCGUGAACGGCUCCAGGCGUAACAGCGGCUCCAGUCUGGUGUCCAGCUCCUCUGCCUCCUCCAACCUGUCUCACCUGGAGGAGGACUCAUGGAUCCUCUGGGGACGCAUAGUCAAUGAGUGGGAGGAAGUUCGAAAGAAGAAGGAGAAGCAGCUCAAGGAUCUGGUCAGAAAAGGAAUACCCCACCACUUCAGAGCAAUUGUGUGGCAGUUGCUAUGCAAUGCCCAAAACAUGCCUAUCAAAGACCAGUACUCUGAGCUACUGAAGAUGACAUCGCCAUGCGAAAAGCUCAUCCGCAGAGACAUCGCCCGGACAUAUCCUGAACACGACUUCUUUAAGGAGGACAGCUUAGGACAGGAAGUACUCUUCAACGUCAUGAAGGCCUACUCCUUGGUGGACCGGGAGGUUGGCUACUGCCAGGGAAGUGCUUUCAUCGUUGGACUGCUGCUUAUGCAGAUGCCUGAAGAGGAGGCGUUCUGUGUGUUUGUGAAGCUGAUGCAGGACUACAGGCUAAGAGAACUUUUCAAACCCAGUAUGGCUGAGCUGGGUCUCUGCAUGUACCAGUUUGAGUGUAUGAUCCAGGAACUUCUCCCAGAACUCCAUAUCCACUUCCAGGCCCAGAGUUUCCACACCUCUAUGUACGCCUCUUCCUGGUUCCUCACCAUCUUCCUCACGUCCUUCCCCCUCCCUGUCGCCACCAGGAUUUUUGACAUCUUCAUGUUAGAGGGUCUGGAGAUAGUGUUCCGUGUGGGGCUGGCCAUCUUACAGAUGAACCAGGCAGAACUCAUCCAGCUGGACAUGGAGGGAAUGUUACAGCACUUCCAGAGGGUCAUUCCCCACCAACUGGAAAGUGGACCUGACAAAGUCAUUCUGGCCGCUUAUAACGUCAAGUACAACGCCAAGAAGAUGAAGAAAUUGGAGAAGGAAUACACUACAAUCAAGACUAAGGAGAUGGAAGAGCAGGUGGAGAUUAAAAGACUGCGGACAGAAAACAGACUGCUGAAACAGAGGAUAGACACACUGGAGAAAGAAAGUGCUUCCUUGGCAGAUAGAUUGAUCCAGGGACAAGUAACUCGCGCCCAGGAGGCUGAGGAGACCUACCUGGUCAAACGGGAGCUGGCCACGGUCAGGCAGCAGAGCGAAGAGACCGCGGCUCAGCUGGAGCUGGCUCAGAGCACCAUCCGGGAGCUCCACCAGAGGCCACUAUUGAAGGGUAACCCACACUACACAGAGGACUCAGUCCUGCAGCUGGAGAGAGAACUGGUCCAGGUCCGCCUAAAGGAGGCCGAGUCCCAAUGUGCCCUCAAGGAGAUGCAGGACAAGAUCCUGGACAUAGAGAAGAGGAACACGUCUUUGCCUGAUGACACCAACGUGGUCCGGCUACAGGAGGAGCUGAUAGCCGUGAAGCUGCGAGAAGCUGAGGCCGUUACAGGGCUCAAGCAACUCCGACAACAGGUCAGAGACCUGGACGAUCACUGGCAGCGUCACCUGGCACGCACGACGGGCCGCUGGAAGGACAGCCCGAGGAAGAAUUCUGUGAGCGAGCUGCAGGACGAGCUGAUGAGUGUCAGGCUUCGGGAAGCAGAAGCCCAGGCAGAGCUCAGAGAGACCCGCCAGAGGAUGAUGGAGCUGGAGACACAGAACCAGAUCCAUAGCAACCAGCUGCGUCGGGCAGAGCAGGAGGGGCGUGUCUUCCAGGAACGUGUGACUCUGCUGACAGCACAGAACAAGGGCCUACACGUUCAGCUACAGGAGAUCAAACGCAAACAGGCUGAGAUUGAGUGCAAGAACAAGGAGGAGGUGAUGGCAGUGAGGUUGAGAGAGGCUGACAACAUUGCUGCCAUGGCUGAGCUACAGCAGCAGAUCUCUGAACUGGAGAUCCAGAAAGAAGAAGGGAAGGUCCAAGGCCAGCUGAACAACACAGACUCCAGUCAGUACAUCAGAGACCUGAAAGACCAGAUAGCUGAACUCAAGCAUGAGAUCCGCUGCUUAAAAGUUCAGAAGGGGGGCAGCAUGUCCAAUCAGCCCAGUUUUGACGGAAUCCACAUCGUCAAUCACUACAUACCAGACGACGCCUUGUACCACUCCUCAGACGAAGACGCGGGUCUAAGCAAGGCCCCCUCCCAUCUGGAGCCCCGUCAGAGCAGCAGUCACACCAGGCGCAUCAGGCUGCACCCCUCCCUGGACCCCACCUUGGGCCUGGGAGACACAGACAGUGACGGGGAGGAUGAUGGGGAGGGCCUGGUCCUCUCCGUGCCAUCUAACAGCGUCCACAAACACACCACCGUGUGACCCCCGGUGACUGAGUGAUGGCAGUCCUCGCAAGCUUCCUGGCCAAGGGGGUUCUGAUCUGACACAGUCGCAAGCCAGUCCUCAGGAGACAGAUGUCUUACUCUGGAGUCUGUUUUCUUUUGCGGUCGGUCAGUCUGCUUUACUCUUGUUUGGCCAAAACCAGCCAGAGGAGGAUCAUAUUGGCGUGUGGGUCUAGUCUGGACCCCAAGGCAGAAGGAAAAUGUGGAGGAUAUUUAGUUUCACCGAGCUAUACAAAGCCAGACUAAUCACCCCAACCAUGGUGAUUCCCCCCCCAGGCAACCAAACCACCAACCAUGGUACUGUAGACGCCACUGUGCAAUAGAAUGUUCCGUUACCAUGGCUAUGACACGUCAUUCAUCCCUUUUUAUUUUUUUUAGCGCUUUUUUUAAGUGAUCCAUCAGAAACGUAUAGACAACUUUAGUGCAGGUGUCCUGUGGAGGGAAUGAUACUGAAGAGUGAUGUCUCUAUGGUUACAGAGCCCCAGUAUCAAGCAUUAACUGUGUCUGCCAUGUACGAAUGACAACAUCUUCCCUAAUGGCUACUUUUGAUCAGAGUCCUAUGGGCUAACCAGUGGUCCCUGGUACAAAGUAGUGUACUGUAAAGGGAUGUAGAAAAUGGAACUGCCUGGUAUAGGCCAAUCACAAGGUCAACGGAAACCUGUAUAUAUGUAAAUGUUUUUGUUUUUUUCAAUUUCCAAUUUGACUUGAAAAUAUGUAUCUAAUGGAUUAUUUCCUAAUGUUUAUAAUGUAUUGGAUCAUGAUUCUGCCUAAAGGGACAUAUCACUCUAGUGUUGUCACAAAACCACGGAUAACUGGCUGUCAUUUCUUCCACAGACAUGGGCUGUGUUACACCUCUGUACCCAACUCCAGAAGUGAAGAUCAUCCUUAUGCAUUUAAAAGCAUUGAAUUGGUGCCAUGAUGGCUAAAGUUUCAACCAUAUUUCCUCAGUUAGUACAUUUAAGGGGAAGUGUAUUAGUGCACAUUUUGGGGAAAGAUAAAAAUAAAAUAAAAAGGAAUAUAGUCAGUCUCUGCACUGUCAAUGUUUUCAUAGGUCCUGAUUCUCUUCUCUGUUGGGACAAUUUUCCCUUCUGGAGGAAGGACUGAUGUAGGAUUAUAACUUCAUAUAUUAGAAUAGGUUUCAGCAUGCUGGUUAAUAAAAGCAUGUACCUAGUUCAUGUGAAUCAACCAUCCUGGAUUUAGAGUGAAGUUUUUGGGAAUACUGCUAUUUCUGAAAUGGGUAAUUCUGUUAAUUAAAAAUGUAUGACAACAGAGAUCUGAAUCUUGUGUGAACACCAGUAAUGUUAAACACAAGUAACACUAUGUUGUUCUUUUGUUCAAAAUGAAUGACAGUCCAUGCCCAGAGAACAUAACAUACUGCUCAUUUUGGGAAAUGAAGACCACAUAAGAAGUGAAUAACACUUUAAAAAGAGAGAAAAAAACAUUAAAAAUAAGAGCAUUAAAGGUGUGUCGAAUGGCAAACUAUUCUCUAUAGAGUCCACUAAUGUUUACCUGAGCCUUAUAUAGAGAAUAGUGUGCUAUUGGGGAAUACCUCUAAGUGAUGGCCUGUUUGUUUCCUCUUUGAAUAAAGCAAAGUGCAUUGUGUCAAAUGUUACCAAAGUUUGGGGCAUUGUUUGCCUGGUCCCAGAUCAGAUUGUGCAGUAUAACCUUUAACUCCUGUGGUCAUUGAUGCCUUGCAUGACAUGGAACCAGGCUAGAAUGGUCAACUGUAGGCUCUGCCUGCCAGAGAAAUAAGCACCACUCCAUUUCAUAAGGGAUGCCAUUGAACUAUUUAUCAAAAUCAGAACACUACAACAUCGGUUGAAAAAUGACCAGAAGAGCAGAGGACAUCUUAUAAUGGCAACAUUGUAUUGUUUUUACCGCAGUGAACCACAACCUAUCAGCCUAGUCUGUUUCGGACUUAGCAAAGAUUUUCUAUGAAGAAUGCACUGCAAUCUGACUCAUUGUUUAGAUGGGGUUUUAUAUGACAGAUGGAAUCCAGAUUGGCACUUUUGGAAACGGACAAUAUAAGGCAGUGAGGAGGUAUGUCUACAUAUGGCAACUGAACGUUAACACUAUGGAUUAAUAAUUAUCACAUCAGAAAAUAUGUAUGUGACAUUGAUGUGUGUGAUGUUCACAAAUAAACUAUUUGAUAACAAUUCAGUUA